AUAUAUAUAUAUAUAUAUGUAGUGACUAAGGAUUAAACCCUAAACUUAUGACUAAAAAUACAAGUAACUCUACAACUAAAACCCAUAGAUGAUAGUGUUACAUGUUGUUCUUCUAACUUUUUAAAAUUUUGGUUUAAUGAUGUCAAUAGAUGAAAACCAUCGUAUGGAUCAUUUACAAAAUCCAUACAUGAGAAACCUUCUCAACAAAAAGGUGAUCCUAAAUCCUGAUGUAAAAUCUGGAGGUCUUCAACAAGUUGUUAUUAGUGAUUUAUAGAACAUUUAAGCAUGUCAAGAUUCAAAGUUCUUCACCGCUACCUUCAGAUUCCAUGGCCUUCAAACUUUCAGCCAUCAUUCGUUCCCUAUUUGUCUUUCUACAGCAACCAUAUACAGGCCUACAAAAGCAAGAAAUCAUGGUAACUAUCAGCAUAAGCUAUGUAUGGCUGAGAACACAUUUAUGAUGAUUGAUGAAAAGACUGAAUAUCUGAUAAUAUUGGCUUGACAAUCAUCGAAAUAAAAGCAAAAUACUCAAAAGAAAGGUAGAAUUGCAUAUUGAUUGCACUUCCAAUUGCACACACCCAGAGAAUCGUUAUGGACCACUUAUCUCCAAUUACUCCUCUGGUUCCCAUAUCUCCAAUACUUUGGCUGCAAAAAUUAAUAAAAUUAUUUUAAGUAAUAUUCUCAUUCUUGAUUCUACUUCUACACAUUGUUGCCAAGUCUGAUAAAGUCGGGUUUAAGUAAAGAUUCACUUUCCUA